AUGGGAUGUACGCUGAGCGCCGAGGAGCGCGCUGCUCUGGACAGGAGCAAAGCCAUCGAAAAAAAUCUGAAAGAAGACGGAAUGGUCGCAGCAAAGGACGUGAAACUGCUGCUACUCGGCGGUGGAGAGUCCGGAAAAAGUACCAUUGUCAAACAGAUGAAGAUUAUCCAUGAAGAUGGCUUUUCCGGGGAUGAUGUGAAGCAGUAUAAGCCAGUGGUCUACAGCAACACCAUUCAGAGCUUGGCUGCCAUCCUUCGAGCCAUGGACUCGUUGGGCAUUGAGUUUGGUGACAAAGACAGAAAAGCGGAUGCAAAGUUAGUGUGUGAUGUAGUCAGUCGUAUGGAGGACACAGAACCAUACUCUGCAGAGCUUCUGACUGCCAUGAAGCGUGUAUGGGCAGAUGCUGGAACACAAGAGUGCUUUAAUCGUGCUCGUGAAUACCAGCUUAAUGAUUCGGCCCAAUACUACCUGGAUAGUUUAGACCGGAUUGGAGCGGCAGACUACCAGCCCACAGAGCAAGACAUCCUGAGAACCAGAGUGAAAACCACUGGUAUUGUCGAAACCCACUUCACUUUCAAAAACCUUCAUUUCAGGCUUUUUGACGUGGGAGGUCAGCGCUCAGAAAGAAAGAAGUGGAUCCACUGCUUUGAAGAUGUAACAGCCAUUAUCUUCUGUGUGGCUUUGAGUGGAUAUGAUCAGGUCCUUCAUGAAGAUGAGACUACAAAUCGCAUGCACGAAUCACUUAUGCUGUUCGACUCCAUCUGCAACAACAAGUUCUUCAUUGACACCUCCAUCAUCCUCUUCCUUAACAAAAAAGAUCUUUUUGCUGAGAAGAUUAAGAAAUCCCCUCUGACUAUCUGCUUUCCAGAAUACACAGGUGCUAAUACUUAUGAUGAUGCUACAGCAUAUAUACAGGUUCAGUUUGAGAGUAAAAACCGCUCCCCCAACAAGGAGAUCUAUUGCCACCUGACCUGUGCCACAGACACAGGGAACAUCCAGGUAGUGUUUGAUGCCGUCACUGACAUCAUUAUUGCAAAUAACCUUAGAGGAUGUGGCUUGUAUUGA